AUGGCUGACCCAUGGACCCCACACUCAGACAGUUCAUCUUCCAGCAUGUCCAAGCAGUCCAUUUCAGGGGAAGGUCACUCCAAGAGCAAACACACAUCCUCCACACCGGCCCCCAGUGACUUAUCUCUCGAAGUGCCAGAGAUUGCAGUCGAGGAGAUGGAAAGAAAGCCCGCUUCACAGGUGCCCAUUUCAGACACUCCGGAGGAAGCAGAUUCCUACACCAAACGGCUGAAAGAAACAUUUAAAAAGCACUUAGCGCUGAGUGGUAUAUCAAAGGAGUCAUGGACAGAUGAAAAUGAGCGAGCCUUGGAUAAAUUCAUCUCAGACCCUUCCAUCAGGCUUCUCAUUGUCUACCAUGACCCUUUCACCAGCCCACGCGUGGACUACGCCAUGCCAGCUCAGGUCGUGGAGCAGAUGUCCUACUUCAUCCGCGCAGAGGACAGUGUAAUCACAGAGGAAAGUUUUGAAAGCUCUGUGCAGUUUGGAUCUAUAAAAGGAGGGGCUAUAGAGGGUCUCCUCAGGUUCAUGAAUGGUAUUCAUGCCCCUCAGGUCACGCUCAGCACCACCUGGCCGGAGAGCACCAAAAACUUCUAUACUGAAAACUUGCACCGCUUCAUUACCAACAUUACAGACAGCAGAUUUAAAUUGCUGGGCAGCACAGUGCUGUACGUUCCUCUGGAGGCUCUGCAGCACCGCCCAGAGGAAGUCAUCCAGAACAAGAAUCUAGUACACAGGCUGGAAAUGGUGAUAAUCCACUGGACACGUCAAAUAAAGGAGGUAUUGAGUGCUCAGGAGAUUGGAGAGAUGGGGGACAGCUCGGGCCCUCUGGAGGAGAUCUCUUUCUGGAAGAGCCGCUUUGCCGAUCUAGCCAACAUCAGUCAGCAGCUGCAGAAACCAGGAGUCCGUCACAUGCUGAAAAUUUUGCAGCUCUGCUCGCCUUUCUACACUUCACAGUUCAGUGAACUAGCCAAGCACAUCCAGGAUUUUUCUUUGCAAGCCCAGUCGAACAUCUCCUUCCUGUCCCUGCUGAAAGAGCCAUGUGAGGAGCUCGCUCAGCUCAAACCUUGUGACAUUGCACCCAAACUCCCUCACAUCAUCAAACUCAUUCGUGUGAUAUGGGUCAACUCCAGCUACUACAAUACCCGUGAAAGGAUCACUGCGCUGUUUGGCAAGAUGAGUAAUGAGAUCAUUCGUCUGUGCCGUAGAGAGAUCUCUCUGGACAGGAUUUUCCAGGGUUACGUGAUCUCCAGCAAACAGAUUCUGAAUGAGUGUAUCCAGUGCUGUCUGGCAUGGAAAGAGAUCUACCUGCACACCUCCCAGCUCCACCACAAGCAUUCUUCCCAAGGUUGGUUGCUCAGUGAGACCAGCAUAUUUGCUCUUGUGGAGGCCUUUGUGCAGAGAUGCAAAGAUCUGAUAGAGGUGUGUGAGUGCCAGCAGCAGUUUGCUCGCCGUGAGGAGGGCGAGCAGGCACAGUUGCCUUGCUUUGCUGGGCGUCAGGGGUUGGAGGUCACUCAGAACCUGUUGAACAUAGAGGCAACCUUUGAAAAGAACCUGCAGGUCCUGGGCUCUGUUAAGGACAUCCUGGACGUCAGAAACACAUCUUGGCAUGAUGGCUACACCAGAUUCCGCUCCGAAGUAAAAGAUCUGGAGGUGAUGAUGCAGAAUUUGAUCAGCUCGGCCUUUGAGACGGUGAAAAGCGUAGAAGAAGGAGUCCAGCUGCUCGACGUGUUUAAGCACCUGUCUGAACGAGAGGCCAUUAAGAGGACCAUUGACACGAAGAUGGUUGAUGUAUACAAUCUGUUUAAUGAUGAGCUGAGUCUGGUAAAUAAAGUGUUGUGCAGGAUAUCAUCUCUCACUCCUGCCGAAAUGCCUCAAUAUGCAGGACAGGCCCAUCUGGCUCGCGCACUCCACACGCAGAUAGAAAGACCUAUGGAGGUUCUCCAGAACGCGAAUUUCUUGCCUGAUGUCAGUGGUAAAGAGGGCGUGCACGUGGCUUACGCUCAGCUGUGUCGGAAUCUGGAUGAAAAGGUCAGGAGGAUUUUCACAGACUGGAGUCAGAGUCUGGACAGACAGUGUCUCGGCGGCCUCAACCAACCACUCAUGAUCCGCUGUCAGGAGAAGACAGGCCUGCUGGAUGUCAACUUUAACAAGAACCUGUUAAAGAUGAUUAACGAGAUUCAUUACUGGGAUCGGCUACAGUUUGAGAUCCCUCACUAUGUCACAGAGGUGCAUCAGCGCAGGGAGGAACUUCUUAACCUGAAAGAAAAUGUUCUGCUAGUGGUCAAAGACUAUAACAGAAUCAUCACGGCCCUAAAUGCAGAAGAGAUGGGACUGUUUUCGGAGAGGAUCCGCUUCUUGAAUAAGAAAUUCCAGCCAGGCCUGACAAAACUGCACUGGUCUACAAAAGGAACUGCCAACGUCUUUAUUAAUGACUGCAGAGUGCAUGCCAACAAGGUGCAGUUAAUGGUAGAUGAGUAUAAAGUAGCUAACCUGGCAGUGUCCAAGUUCUGUGCGGAGAUCAGUGAUUUGCUUUUGGUUCGUGUGGAUGGCAAGAUUGUCUACGGAGACCUGGAAUUCCAGGAGGAUCAGAAGAAGCAUCAGCACAGCCAGCUGCUCCGGCUGCAGGCUGCUCACCAGGAAAUGGUCAACAUCCUGGCCAAAGUCUACAUGACUUUCCAGACAGAUGGCACGGAGGUGCAACAGCACUGGGUGUCAUACGUUGAGAAGGUAGAUUGCAUGGUACAGGAGGCGUUUCGUACAAAUGUAAAGCGCUCUCUACAGGACCUCUCGAAAGCCAUCAAUGGAGAUGGCAAGACUCCCCCAAACCCUUUAUUCAGAGUAGAAGUGGUGCUGAAACAACGCACACCUGGAUCUACUGCUCAGGUGGAUUUUUCUCCAUCUCUCCCAAAACUGGCCCAAAUGGUGAACAGCAUUAGCGCUCAGCUCAUCCACACCAUCUCUGGUUUCAAACGUCUGCCGGAACUUCUGACCAAUCAGAACUUGCAAAAGAAGCCCAUUCACAGGAUCAUCGCAGCGCACCCUCGCCGCGGCAUAGCCGCUGUCCAGCAGGAGGGUCCUACAGCACAUGUGCUGCUUGGCUUGCAGCAGCACACACUCGCCACGGCAUAG